GUUAUUUAACGUCUGCCUUAUUUUGAGGAGAGCACUGUCAAAGGCUCCUGCUCGGGACAAUGAAAGUCUUCAGUUAUAUUUUAGUUUAUCGCCGGUUUCUCCUUAUAGUUCUCCCUCCGUUGGUUUUACUGCCGCUGCCAAUCAUCGUUCGCACCAAGGAGGCCGAAUGCGCCUACACCCUGGCCGUGGUGGCCGCGCUCUGGCUCACGGAGGCCCUGCCGCUGCCCGUCACCGCCCUGCUGCCCGGACUCCUGUUUCCGCUCUUCGGGAUCACGGCCUCCAAGGAGGUGGCAUCUGCUUAUUUCAAAGACUUUCACCUACUGCUAAUUGGAGUCAUCUGUCUAGCAACAUCAAUAGAAAAAUGGAACUUGCACAAAAGGAUUGCUCUGAGAAUGGUCAUGACAGUGGGUGUGAACCCAGCAUGGCUGACGCUGGGGCUCAUGAGCAGCACCGCCUUCCUGUCCAUGUGGCUCAGCAACACGUCAACCGCUGCCAUGGUGAUGCCCAUCGUGGAGGCCGUGGCCCAGCAGAUCAUCAGCGCCCAGGCGGAGGUGGAGGCCACUCAGAUGACCUCUCUCGGUGGAUCCACCAACCAUGGACUGGAGAUCGACGAAAGUGUUAAUGGACAAGAAACAAAUGAGAGGAAUGAGAAAACAAUACCAGCUCCAGGAUACGGUAAUGAUGCAGGAAAAAUUUCGAGCAAGACGGAGCCGGAAAAGAACUCAGACACAGGAACCAAGUACCGAACAAAGAAGGACCACAUGAUGUGUAAACUUAUGUGCUUGUGUAUCGCUUACUCUUCUACCAUUGGUGGACUCACAACGAUCACAGGCACUUCUACCAACUUGAUCUUCUCUGAGCAUUUCAAUACGCGCUACCCUGACUGCCGUUGCAUUAACUUCGGAUCCUGGUUCCUGCUUUCCUUCCCGGCUGCUGUGAUCAUUCUGCUCUUGUCCUGGAUCUGGCUCCUGUGGCUUUUCCUAGGGUUCAAUUUCAAGGAGAUGUUCAAAUGCGGCAAGACCAAAACAGCCAAACAAAAAGCUUGUGCCGAGGUGAUCAAACAGGAAUACCAGAAACUCGGGCCAAUGAGGUACCAGGAGAUCGUGACCUUGAUCCUCUUCAUCGUGAUGGCUCUGCUCUGGUUCAGCCGGGAUCCUGGGUUUGUGCCCGGUUGGUCGGCGCUGUUCUCCAAGUAUCCUGGUUUUGCUACAGAUUCAACUGUUGCCUUGCUUAUAGGAAUCCUAUUCUUUAUUAUCCCAGCUAAGAGAUUGACUAAAACUACACCUACAGGAGAAAUUGUUGCUUUUGAUUAUUCUCCACUGAUUACUUGGAAAGAAUUCCAGUCAUUCAUGCCCUGGGAUAUAGCCAUUCUUGUUGGUGGAGGGUUUGCCUUGGCAGAUGGCUGUGAGGAGUCAGGAUUAUCUAAGUGGAUAGGAAAUAAAUUAUCUCCUCUAGGUUCAUUACCAGUUUGGCUGAUAAUUCUGAUAUCUUCUUUGCUCGUCACAUCUUUAACAGAGGUAGCCAGCAAUCCAGCUACCAUUACCCUCCUUCUCCCUAUAUUAUCUCCAUUGGCUGAAGCCAUUCAAGUGAACCCUCUUUAUAUUUUGAUACCUUCUACUCUGUGUACUUCAUUUGCAUUCCUCCUACCAGUAGCAAAUCCACCCAAUGCUAUUGUUUUUUCCUAUGGCCAUCUAAAAGUUAUGGACAUGGUUAAAGCUGGACUUGGUGUUAAUAUUGUGGGUGUUGCUGUGGUGAUGCUUGGCAUGUCCACCUGGAUUUGGGCUCUAUUUGACCUCUCUACUUACCCUUCCUGGGCUCCUCCAAUCAGUAAUGAGACCAUGCCAUGACAAGCUGAAUGCUAUGACUAUCCUUUGGUCCCCGUGGAUUUUAUGUUGUGACGUCGUGGUCAGAACAAGCACCUGUUCCGUGAGCUGCCGUGCCUGUGGAUUCCACACGAUGCCCAGUGAUUCACUGUAAUCCGUCCUGCUCCUGUCACUUGUGCACCGUGGGAGAAGCUGCCGUCUCCCCCGUUCCUGUGGGACGCAGCCUGUGUCACCGCUUUCCUGACUUGGAUCUCUGCUCCUAGUCAGGUUAGGCCAUCACCCUUUUGCGACCGGGCCCAGGCGCUGCUCGAAGAACACUGGCUGCACACAGAGAAGAGCAGUGGAGCCCCGGCUGCUCCCACUGUGUGUCCCGGGCCCCAGACACCCCCGGUGUCGGGCACUGGCCCUGAGGACUUGGGGGCCAGGGCUGCUCCCCACCCCUUCCCCAGUAGCGGGGGACAGCGGGCACUCGGGGCUGGCCUGGGCCCGGCUCCCACGACAGGGCCAGCGUCCUCCUGGGCGCAGGCCUGCCCCGCGGCUCUCGGGCUCCCACUCACACUCAGGGCAGCAGCCCUAAGGGCACUUAGGGCUUCCUACACUGGGCCCAUUCCCUGUCGCCUCACCGCUUUCUUAAAGGUGGAAAAUUAGUUUAACUCUGAUUUAGCGGCAGCAGGAUCAGUGGGGGACGCGUCCUCAGCAUUUCCCUCCUGCCCUUCCCGUUAGGGUGCAGCCGGCGCCGCCAGGCAGGUUGGGUCAGCACCCGCGUGCCUGUGCAAAAACACGCAAAGGCAGCCGGACAUAAUUCAUUAUUUGGAAUUAUACGCCUAAAAUCUCGCCGGUGACAAUAGAAGAUUCUAAACGAUCCUCA